CCUAUAGGGGUGCGGCACCGGUUUUGAAAGCGAGGCUGUUAGGACGCCUGGUGCAGUAGAGGUGCUGGGCUCGGAGUUCUUUUGCUCUUCCAACGCGGCGAGAGGCCAGCGGGUAGCCAUGCAAUCUCCCAACAACACUCUGGGCUACAGAGCUAGCUUUGCCGAGGAGGCUAAGAUCAUUUCGGAGCAGCUCCAAGGCCAACAGGGAGCAGAUGUAUCCACCAUAGAGGCCGAGGUCCCACCUCCCGAGCUGGCUUCCUCUGAUUCUUUCCUGCUCUCAGCAACUGUCAUGGAGGGCCUGGAGCAGGGGCCCAUUGACGAACCGGCCACGCCCCCUGCUCCAGAGCGGCAGGAGCCUAACCUAGCACUCCCCGGUGCCCAGAACCUUCUGCUUCUCGAGCAGCUGCCAGCUUCGCAGGAGGCGGCCAGUCCCAUCGACCCAGUCAGAUGGCAACUUAACGUGACCAUGGAGCUCUGCAGCCUGUCCCCCGAUGGCAUCCAGGCCGCUAAUCCCAGUCCUGUGACCCCUCAGCCAAGCACUGAGCUCAAUCAAACCUGUGUGCUUAGUGCAGCUAGUCCUCGCCCCGAAACAGUCCAGGCAGAAGGCAGCCAGACCCCAGAUGAUGAAGCCAGUGGAGAAGGGCCCCUGUUGACCACCCAGGAGCUCCCUGACACACCCAUAGAUAAGACUUUCUUAUUUAGCCAGGCUACCUUUGUGACCUCCACUCCACAUGGAGCUUCAGGAGGGUUGAAGCUGCUCAAAGCAGCACCUGCUUUCUCCUUCCCAGACAGCCCCCCGAUUCGGGAAACCCCCAGUUUAGUCAAGGUAGAGCAGCCCGGUUCCAGACGACACGGGGUUCUCCCAGCUGCGGGCAGCCCGCCCAAGGUCACCGCCAAAAGUGGUCCUUUGGGGAAGGUAGUCCAAGACAAGAGAUCCCUGGGUGGGACCUCUUUACCUAUUUCCAGGAGAGGGCAUCAGGCCCUUCCUCUGCCCGGGCAGAAGAGAUGGUCCGCUGUCCCCUACAAAGCCUCUGCCUUGCCCGUCCUGCUCAAGUCCAAAAGGGAACCCUUAGCACUUCCGGGACCUCGGCAGCCAAAAGGCAGGACCAUGGAGACCACCAAGAUGAAAGAAACAGAGCCAGCACCCAAAGCAGCGAACAACCCACCCUCAACCUCCAAGGUAUCUCAGCUCCUGCGCAGCAAAUCAGUACCCCCUCGGUUCUCCUUGCAUCAGAGAGGCCCCACUACUCGAGACCCUAAGAUCAAGGACCCCCAGGUACCUCGGAAUUUGAAGCCCUUGGCUCCCAACCAGAGCACCCGAUCCAGAGCUCCAUCCAGGGCAGAUGAUCAACCCUCCAGGCAGGAAAAGAAGUCCCAGUCUUCUCUAGGGCAGUCAUGCCCUCAGUGCCUUGUACUGCAGAAACAAGUGGAGGAUCUCAAAAGCCAGCUAGCUGCCUUGCAAUGCCUCAGUGGGGAGCUCCAGGGACAUCGAGGCUCGGUUCAGGAUUCACCCACAGCAAACACAGGGGGCACCACCUGAAUGCCAGCCCACCCCCCCCCCUUUUCCCCGACUCCAGGGCCCUCUUAUCCCAAGAAGGGCCCUAUUAUGGAGUUUUUCCAGGUUCUUGUUUCCCUUAACUCCACCCUGACCCUGUUCCCCACCCUAGACCAUUGGCGCUAAUAAGCGCAGGGGUGGGGAAUCUACCAGUUCUGUUUGGAGGGUUGGCUGAGGCCGGGUUUUAUUGAGAGGCCUCAUCACUGUGGAUGAUAGCUCACUGACCUCCAGCCACUCUGCCGAGUGGCUGUUCCCCAUCCUCACUCGGGACCCCACUACCCCACUUUAGGUGGAUUGUCAGGAAGAAAUGCCGGGAGAGAGCCGUGUUCAAAUCUCCCAUCUGAGGGGAUUUUAAAUGAUCACGGCCAGCCAGAGAACUGGAGGGGACUUUCCAGGCCGUCCAGUCUGAUGGGACACACACCACACAGAUACUAAAUUAUCUGUUGGGAUCUCACAGUUGAAAGCUGAGGGCCAAAAGAGAAAUUUGGAAGCCACUGUAAUAAGGCCAGCAAGAAUGAGAAAGGCCUAGAGUAGUGGCAGCUUGAGUGGGGAAAAUGUGGGCAGGUCACAAAAUGCAGCCAGCCAGAAUUUUACUUGUUGGGGGGUGGGGGGUACAUCGUUUAUGGAGUUUGAGAUAUUAGGACUAAGCGAGGACAUAUGACUGAAGCUCCUGGGGAUAGGGCAGCUCCCCAAGAGCUCAAGACUCCCUCUGACUCGUUGGAGGGCCCCCUGAUCUGCGUGAGGGCAGGGGAGUAACCGGUGCUUCUGUCUUGUCAAACGCAGGCAGCUGCAUUGAGGUUUUAGAGAGGUUCAGGCAAGAGAAAAACACCCUUUUAGAAGGUCGAGAAACACUAAUGGGAUGGAUGGUGAUUACUGUGGUUCAAUUUAAAUCUACACCUUCAGAGCAGAAAAAUCUUCUAUAUGAUCCUCUCUGCAUAUGAAAAUGUCCAUGUUACUUAUGUUUUAAGAAUAAAGAA